GUAAAUCAUUCUUCACAACUGUACCCAGCGAGUCCUUUUAGCUCGGCUGGCAGGAUGCUUGCUUUGAGCUUCGGGUGACCAGCUCCUUCCUUCAGCGUUUUGCUGCGAUGCAGAUCUGCUCAGUACCAGGCUCUGCCAAGGAAUAGAAGCUGACACCUGCCCAUACAAUCCAUAGACUGAGAUUCAUUGAUGUUUGAUGGAGACCAGGAAGGAUGGUGAAGUGAUGCUUUACAGUUCUGAAAGAAAUAGCCCAGUGGAUGAGUUGCGAAAAUGGCAGCCAGGAAUGAGAUGCAGUUUGAAAAGUUAAUUGAUGAAGCUACAAGAAAAAAAGAUUUCCAAUUAUUAGAACAAUUUCUGGCAACAGAAGACUGUGAAAAUGUCUCUCACAAAUGCAGCAAACAGUUUGUCAACAAAUUAGACAAGCUUCUGUGUCGGGAACUUGACAAACAGGAAGUCAAAAGCAUUUCUACUUUGCUAAAUUCUGUUCAGAAAUGUGGGAAAAAAGUCAGCAUAGCAGGAGAAGAUGGGUUCCCAGCAAUGAUAAAACACGGUCUCAUUGGGAGGAUGGUUAAUUGGUUUGAAAAGGUAAAAGGAAUUUUGAUCCUCAGAGGACAUGAAAAGAAUGACAUGCUUACAAGUCUGGCUGAAGAUUUCUGCAUUGUGCUGCUGGCUGUAUGUGAUAGCAGACCUGAAGAUAAAAUGCAAAUACUAGAAAACUUUGUUCUGAGAAUUUGUACCCUCAUCGCUGAUGGAAGAAUUAAUAUUUAUGUUCAGCAGGAGGUAGUAAGAAAACUUAAUUUAAUGCUUGACAACAUGCCUCGAGAUGUCAGGAAAAAGAUAUUUUCUACAAAGGAAAUGUUGCUUGUCAUGAGUGACAUGGGGAGAAGAAUUCUGGAUGCUGGAGACUAUGACCUGCAAGUGGCCAUCACAGAAGCUUUAUGCAGAAUGAUCUCAGAGAAACAAAGAAGAGAGCUGGCGUGCCAGUGGUUCUCCAUGGAGUUUGUGUCCAACGCAUUUAAGGGAAUUAAAGAUUCUGAGUUUGAGACAGAUUGCAGAAAAUUUCUUAACCAGGUGAAUGGCAUGCUUGGAGACAAAAGAAGGGUUUUUACAUACCCGUGUUUAUCAGCAGCUCUUGAUGAUUAUGAGCUACAGAUCCCAUUGGAUGAAAAUCUUGAAGAGUUUUGGAUUGAUUUCAAUGUUGGUAGCAGAAGUAUAUCUUUCUAUGUGGCAGCAGAUGACACAGAUCAUCAGUGGGAAACAGUCAUUAUACCAGAAGAAGAGGUAGAUCUGUACAGCCUUGAAGAAAAAGAUUCAAAAAAAUUAUUGACAAUAGAUCUCAAAAGCCGAAUGAAUGUGGGGAGUCAAGAAGGAGAGAAAUUUUUUUUAUACUUUGAUUCUAUCUUGGAAAUCAAAGAUGUAGUCGGAAAGAUUUAUGGAUUAAGUAAAUGUAAGGGCUUCAGCAAGAAGCAGUCUGCCUCGGUUGCCAAGACAACUGUACAUGUCGUCUUUGAUGAAAGUGGAUCACAGGUUCUGGUACCAGAAAGUCAGUUGUCACCAGGUUUGGAAGAAAAAUCUGAAGAGGAGAAAGUCAGCAAGUACAAAACACAGCAACUUCCUGGAACUUUGAGGACUCUGAAUGACAAUAACCAUCAACAAAAAUGCAGAGGUGGUUCCUCCAAGAUAACUACCUCUUGUAAAAGGAAAGUGUCCGAAGCAUCCGUGCUCAUUCCUGGAACGACGAGAUUCUCCACAAGGAGUCCACUGGUAUUUGUUAGCACAUCCACUCCUUCUAAAGGGCGAUACAAACUCCCUUUGGAAAUGAUGAGCUCUGCUGAGAGGUCGAACAGCAACGCAAUGAGUGAGACCAGAGCAAAGAAUUCCUGUCCAGAACCUGCUGGAAGUGAGCCCAGGUGUGCACUGGGCAGUGAGCUGCCUGAAACCAAGCAGAAGAGCAGGAAGUCAAGUAUCAGAAAUGAGGCAAAACUACCUGAAAAGCGAAUGUGUGCUGAAGAAGUUCUAGAAAUGAUACAAGAGACGGAAAUUGAGGCCGCACAAAAGCAAACUUUGGAUGAUGCAUUAGAUGUUGUUCCUGAUUCUCAGCCGGUAGAGAGAAGCACCAAACCUUUGUUGUCUGGUCUUUUGGAGACUUCUUUUGAUAAAACCAAACAGUGGAAAAAGAGAUCAUGCUCUGUUCCUGAGCAGAAUAUAACAACUGGAGACAAGGAAAAGCUAAAUCCACCGUUGGCACAUACAUCCCAUCCAGUUCCUGUAUUCGUUGUUAGUGGAAGAGCUGUGAAACAAAAAGCUUUUUAUUCAAUUUUUUGAAAGAUCUCUCCAGAUAAGCAAAGAAUGAAAAACAGAAGAAAGCAAAAUGAAACUGAUAGCAUGAGAGAAGAUAAUUGCAAAAUACUUAGUGGACACUCACGGUAUUAGUCAUUAGGAACAGAACUGUUAACUUUGCAUUCUGAUCCUACAAAAGAGGAACCUGCUGUUCUCUUAAAGAAAGAGACUGCAAAUCCAAAACAAUCAAAGACGAAAACGAAGUCUAAAGAGAUCACAGAUGCGACUAAAUCACUAAUCAGUAAAAUUGGUGACAGAUAUCAAGUAAAGACUGAUGAGAAAAGCAAAGCAAGAUGCUCCUUGGGUUUUACCAGGCCACAGUUAAAUAAAUCCUGUGUCUCUAAGGAAGAAGUUCAGCAUAGAAACCCCAAAACCACUACUUUGCAUAAUGGAACUGCUGGUCAUAUUAUGGAUGAUGUCUACAACUUUAACAUCAGUGGGUUUGAUGAGCCUACAAUAAAGCUUGGAGUCCCAGAACUGCAUGUUACUGAGCUGAGUGUUCGUACAGAUCCAAACACAAAAGGGAAUGCAGAUGACAGGAAAACUGGAACUGAAGUUAAAGGAAGGAAAAAAACUAGAAACAAUCAAAACAAGAAGCAUCUCUUUAGUGACACAGACACAGAAUACAGAGCUGAUGACAGCAAGACAGACAUCAGUUGGCUACAAGAAUCAAACAGAAAAUCUAAACUCCAGUUAAUUGACUACAGUAGAAGUAAAAACUUCAGGAAACCAAUAAGCACAGACAAAGCAGAGAAAUUCUCUGAACCUGCUUGCCACAUGGAGAAACCCAAGGGCAAAAAUGCAAAUAAGAAAAAGAAAAAUGAAUAUAAAAAACAGAAGUCAAGAGUUGUUGAAACAAUAGAACAAACCACCAGAGAAAAACGACCUCGAAGAGCAGCGUUAGCAAAAAAUUACAAAGAGCUUUCCAGUUCUGAGUCAGAGGGUGAAUGGGAAUCUUCAGCACGCGCCUCUAAGGAGGAGAAAUCAAAAACACAGAAACAUACGAAUGGAGAAAACAAGGAUGAUAAUCAGCAAAAGGAACUCCAGAGUGUUCUGUCUGUGGAGCCAAAGAGAGUAACUAACUCUGUACAUAAAGCACUUACUAAACCAAAGAAUUCUGCAGAAGAAAGGGAAAUUGAAGUGCCUUCAUCUGAGAGUCCUGCAUCUCUUGAGACAAUGAGAAGUGCUGAGAGGGUGUCAGAAGGAGAUGUUCCUCCAGAGCUGACUCUCAGUGAGAGGUCACCUGGUCUCCAGGAGUCAACACCAGAAAAAACAGAAGUGUUAAACUUUGAGAAAGGGAUCUCUCCUGAUAACUUCUAUCCGCAAAAAAAUAAUAUUCAAAGUCUAUGUAUGAACCAGUCCCCUGAGGUGACCGUUAAAAAGUUAACAUUUGGAAAUAAAAGUUUCUCACCAAUCUUAACUGACGCAUCUGUGCUCAGCUUAACGACGUAUAAAACUGUCAGUGGAAAACUUGGGAAGGGCUCUGUGUCUGAAACUCGCGAUAACAAGGAAGACUCGAGUUUCAGACGCUGCUUUUCAGACCUACUCUCUGGGAAGGGGAAGGUGCCAGAGAUCCCUCAGCCCGGCACCAGCACCAAGGAGGAGGAGUGUGUAGCCCCAUCCCCGCUGUCUGUUUCCAGUGGAAGCAAAGUGCAGUCCUGGAGUGAAGAGCCCUGUGGCCCCAUAAACGAGUCAGGACCGACUUUCCUCAAACGGCGGUACCACAGUGAUACUGAAAGCAAUUCUGAGGAAGUAGAAACAGGCAAAGGGAAGGAACAGAAAGGAAAGAGAAUAGAAAAGAUACAGCCCAGAAAAUUAUUUAAAACAGAUGAUGCUGUUACAUACAGAGUGUCUGAAAGCAUCUCUACGGUGUCUGUGAAUGACCUGUCUGUCCUGGACAGGGAGCUCUGGGAGCCUGGCUGUUCGACUGUCAGUAUCUGUCAGAAGCUCCAGAAAGAAUUUACCAGGAAAAUAGAGAGCCGCUCACAGAGAAUGGAUCACUUUACCAAGCAAUCGUUAAGAGCAGCCCAUGAGCAUUUGACAACAAUGAGUUACCAGCUUCAUGAAUGCAGGGUCAAGCAGCUGGACAAAUUUCAUUUUGCUCUCCUUGAGGAACUCGAGAAUUUCGAAAAAGAUUCUCAGUCCCUGAAAAACAUGGAAAAAGAAUUCUCGACCUUUUGGAAAAAACAAGUACAUACUUUUAGUACAUACAUGAAAAAUGAGCAGCAGAGAGUCCAGAUUCUUAAAACUUCAUUUGAAAAGAACAUCUUCCAUACUGUUGACUAUGAAGAACAUAUUUUUACUUCAGAGAUGCAUCUGAUGAAAGAGGACAUGAAAGGACUCCAGGAGAAACUUCUUAAAGAAAUGCAAGAAGAGGAGCUGUGUAAUGUUCGCAGAGGGUUGCAGACGUUGUUUCAAUCAGAAGACACAAUUCUGAAGUAAUAUGUUCAAAUACCUUCCUGAAAUUCAAGGUGAAUAUAAACAUUCUCUUAUAAUGUAAAAUUUGACCACUUUUUUUUGUUUGCUUUUUAACACUCAAGGAAACUACUGUAACCAAAGCGUAUUUUCCUUAAUAAUAUUGCAAUCUUUGUGGAUAAGUCUUCUUUAUAUGUGAGAUUUGGAAUUAUUUUACUGAAUCUGCUAAAAUGCAUUAUGUAAAUGUUUUUAGUUUUUAGCACGUGCUAUUUUUUAAGAAGUCUUCAGCAAUUUUUGUAGGUUAUUUAGGUGACUUCCAGAUAAAUGACUUUGUUUUGGGUCUGUGUGUACAGAGUCCCCCUUUGGUCUGAUCAGAGCCCCCUCAGUGAUGCCUCAGGGGUCAGGUUGCCUGGUUUGACC